CGUUGGCUCGUUGUGCUGGGUUAGUAGCGUAUAGCUGGUAUAGUUUUCUCGGUCUGCGCCUUCGCUCUUUGUAGCGUCGUGCAUAUGCUUUCGUAGUGCACCUGGCUGAGUCGCGUAAUUCUGUUGAGUGCACCGGUGAGAGAGAAUUUCGAGUUGAGCGACAACUGACGUUUACCUUUAUGCCUACCUAACUGACCUGCGUCAGCCAUGAGCUGGGCAGAUGCCUGGAAGGACGGGCUUCCGCCUGUCGCGCUUCGCAAGAUAGAGGCCGUUGAACAGCAGUCGGACAGGUUGCAAAAGGAGUGCCAACAGAAGCAGACACAGAUUGACUACCUUCAACAGCAGUUAUCCAAGGAAAAACUCAAGAAUGACGAGGCAAAAGGAGCCAGCAUGCGUGACAUGCGCAGCUUGGAGAAUGAGCUGGCCGAGCUUCGGAGCAAGUGUGACAAGCUGCAACAGGAACUCGCGACCAAGGAUAGCCAGUUCCGCCGCCUUGAGAACCAGUCCAAGUCGGCUAGCAGCCAGUCACAGUCGGAGGCCUCCUUCCUCUCGACACCUAAUGGACGCAGCAGACUUCAGAGGUUUGGGUACGGUGACGUGCCAACCACUCCUGACAACAGGGAGCUUCGAAGCAGGAUCGCUGAACUUGAAGCCAAGCUCAAAGCCGCUGAGAAGCAAGAGGUCGGCCAACCUGGUCCCAUGCCGAGUACACCGUUGAGGGCGCACUCGUUGGAUCGUACCAACCACGAGGCGGACAGGCUGAGAAACGAGAACGUGCAGCUUCGUGGCAAGGUGCAAGAGCUUGAGCAGCGUGCCCGCCAAAUUACACAGCAAAUGGAAUGCCAAGUGCACAACAACGAAGCCGCCCGCAAGACCCUGGAGCAGCGGAGCCGUGAAAAGGAGGCUUCGCUCAAGGAGGAGCUGCAUAUUCUGGCACAAGAGAAUGGUCGUCUGGUGAAGGAGCUCAAUGACGUCCAAACUCGUCUUCAGCAGGAGCUCACAGCUGUGACCAAGUCUUUUGAUGCCACCAAGGCCCAGUUGGAGCGCAGCGAGGCCAAGUUCUCCGCCCAGGAGGGUCUCGUAGCGGACUUGAGGAAAGAGGUGUCGAGGCUGGAACAAGGGGAGCGUCAGUCGUUGACCCAACUGGCCGAUGUGAACCGAGCUCUCAAGAACCAGGAACAGGCUGCCAAGGCCGUCGAAGCGAAGAAUGCUAACUUGGAAGUUAAAGUUCGCGAGCUGGAGACUGCCGUGGAAAGUGCGAACAGAGAAUCUUGUCGUCUCGAGGCGCAGCUGCACAAAUCCACACAAGAACUGGAAAAGCAAUCACAAGAGUUAGCACAAUUGCUGAGCCAGUUGGCUAACGCCAAGAAUCAGCUUCUCGCCGCUGAGAAUCACAAGCAAAGCCUGGAAAAAGAACUGUCUAAGUGCCGUUCUGAGCUACAGCGAGAGGCUGCUCGAUGCCAGAACUUCGAGGCUCAGCUGGAAGAGGCAAAGCAGAAGAUAGAAGAGCUUCGGCAGGCUGUCCAGCAGAGCAAUGGCAAUGCAGAGCGGCUGCGGGCGGAGCUUGACAAGUCGCAAAGGACUGCCGCGGACAGUAGCACGAGACUUAACAAGCUUGAGUCGAAGCUAGAAGACUGUGAACGACGCGAAAAGGAAGCUUCCCAAAAAGCGUCGACUCUGGAGCUGGAAGUGCAAGACCUGCGCAAGGUUGCGGAAGAGAGCCGCACUCUUGCCAAGGUACUCCGCGAGAAAGAACAGGAGGCGUCCGCACUCGCCAAAUCGAAGCAGGCUCUCGACGACACCGUCAAGCAGCUUUCGAGUGAGGUCAAACAACUGUUGUCGCAGGUGUCGGAUGAAAAGGCACGAACUGCGAGCCUUGAAAAGGAAGUUGCGGAUGGCCGGAACCUUGUUGCCAGUGCAGAAAAACUAAGGAAGGACCUCGAGGAUGCUACAAACCUCAGCGGUGAGAUCAAGACUGCUUUGGAAGAGAGUGAAAAACAGAAAGAGGUUCUUCAGACCGAAUUAGCACGCCGGACGGCAGAAUGUGAAAAGGUACCUUGUCUCGAGAGCGCGCUUGAAGAAUCCAGGGUGCAGCUUGCCAAAAGCGAAACGACGUUGCGAGAACUCGAGAGCUUGCUCUCUGAAAGGGAAACCGAGAAGAUGACUCUGCUUAAGAGCCUUUCGGAAAAGGAAUCGGCCUUGAAAGAGUUUGAGAGUCAGGCUGAAACGCUGCAGGAGAAUGCGCAGAAAGUGGAAGUUGAGCUUGGUUUGGUCAGGGACCAACUGCUCAACAGUGACAGGGCGUUGAUGGAGCAUGAAUCAGCCCUCAAGGAAAGAGAGGUUCGGCUCGAAGGGAUGAAGAAAGAGUUGAAUGACACCGUGCAGAAAGUGCAGAAUCUGCAGCAGGCAGAGGCUGAUCAGCGACGGCUCGCGGAAGAGAAAGAAGCGGAGAUUGCGGCGUUGAAGCUAGACAUUUCCGCCGAGAAAGAGCUCUCUAAGCUGCUGGAGCAAACGAGCCUGAGCCUUAAUGAAGUGGAGUCCUCGAAAAAUGCCCUGGAGUCCCAGCUCGCUGCGGCAAGUGACAAGUACGCUGCUCUGCAGCUGGAGUACCAACAAUGCCUUCAACUCGUCGAGUCUAGGGACAGCGAAGUGCUCUCCCUAACUGUUCUCGUCAAGGAGAGAGAAGCCGUGGCAGAUGAACUGAGGAAGCAAAUCGCGAGUGCUGAGCAGGAGCGGGAGGCUUCGCUCAUGAAGGCGGCUGAGGAUAAACAAGUGCUCGAGGAGGAGCUUGUGGAGAAGACAAAACAGAUAAACAAGCUGAAGGAGGAAGUUUGCGAGCAGGUAGAACUGCGCAAGGCAGUGGCCGACAGGCUGGAAGCAAUAAACUCGAAGUUAGCUGAGCAGGAGGAGCAAUGCUCGGCGUUGCUCGAGGAGAAGAAGGUGUGGAUGUUUACGCAGGCGGAACUGGAGGAACAGCUCGAUUUGAGCAAGAGGAAAAUUGAGGAUCUUGAGGAAAAGGCGACAAUUCUUGGUAGCCAGCUCGCAGCCAAGAGCACACAGGUUGACGCUCUCCAGGAGGAAUUCGACAUGCUGCUGACACGCGAGGUGGAUCGUAUUCAGGGGGAGCUUUGCCACAAGAUGGAAGAGAUCGAGGAGCUGAAGAAAACUAUAUCGAAGCUCUGCGAGAAAGAGCAAGAGCUGGAAACGCUGCGGGCACAGCUGGUUGGGGCAUCCAGGCAGUGCACGGAGUUUGAGCAGCAGUGCGAGGCUCUGAGGAACAAGUACGACGAGUCGGUGGUGAGGGAGCAGGAGCUGCUUGCCCAGCUGAAGGUCCUGUCUUGCCAGAGAGACGAAGAAGCUGCGGAGCGGCAGGCACUGGAGCAUGAUCUGGUGGAUAGAAAUGCUGAACGAGAUGAAGGACUGAUACAGCUAGCUUCAACACAAGGCUGCUUGGAGCAGGCGCUCGUGGUUGCGACUGAAAAGGACGCCCGCAUUCGCGAGCUCGAAGAGCUUUCUUCCAGCACACAGGCGGCGCUGGAUGCUCUGAAAAAUGAAGCUGCUUUGCUUUCCGUUUCUCUGAACACUGCAGACAGCAAGCUUCAAGAAGCCGCACAAAGGCAGGCGCAGCUCCAAAGGCAGCUGGAAGAGAAGGAAGCGGUCGUCGCUGCCUUGACCGAAGAACACUCUCGCGUGAAAGAUGCGGAAGCUGAGGCUGUGGCAUUGAAAGAGAAGCUGGCAACUUAUGAGAGCCUUCAGGAAGACAUGGAAGAGCUGAGGCGGCAGCUGGUCGAGCGUAACGGGGAUAGGGACGAAUUGCACAUGGCUAUGAUGCAACUAGCGGGCGAAAAGGAGGCUAGUGAUCGGCAACUUGAUUCUGUCCGGCAGCACCAGCUGCAGCUUGAAAUUCAGCUGGAAGAGAAGGAAGCGGCCAUUUCUGCCUUGACAGGGAAACAGUCUCGCAUGAAAGAGUUGGAUGUUGAGAUUGUGGCAUUGAGGGGGAAGCUGUCCACUUUAGAGAGCCUUCAGGAAGAGAUGGAAGAGCUGAGGCGGCAGCUGGUCGAGCGUAACGGGGAGAGGGACGAGUUGCACAUGGCUAUGAUGCAACUAGCGGGCGAAAAGGAGGCUAGUGAUCGGCAACUUGAUUCUGUCCGGCAGCAGCAGCUGCAGCUUGAAAUUCAGCUGGAAGAGAAGGAAGCGGCCAUUUAUGCCUUGACAGGGGAACAGUCCCGCAUGAAAGAGUUGGAUGUUGAGAUUGUGGCGUUGAGGGAGAAGCUGUCCACUUUGGAGAGCCUCGGGGAGGACGCGGAGCAGUUGAGGCAGCAGCUCGUUGAGCGUGAUCAGGAGAAGGAAGAGUUGCGUGCCACAUUGACUCAGCUGCGGAAUGACAUCGCUGCUAGAGAACAUGAAUUUAACUCGACUCGACAGCGGCUGGCACAACUUGAAAGCCAGCUGGUGGAGAAAGAAUGUGUUAUGGCCACCUUGGUUAAUGAACGGUCCUCAAAGGAGGCCGAAGCUGCGGCGUUUAGAGAGGGAAUGACCACUCUCGAAAGCCUCCACGAAGAGGCGGAAGAGCUCAGGUACCAGCUUGUCGAGCGAAACGGUGAGCGGGACGAGCUGUGCAUGAUGAUGAUGCAGCUGCGGAAUGAUGCCACUACACAGGAACAAAAGCUGGGCUUGGCGCUUGUGGAGGCCUUGGAAAGAGAGGCGACGACUCCUCUGCGGCUGCUGCAGUACAUCAGGGACUGCGAGACUGCAGCGCAGUGCAGAGUUCCGUCGCAAGAAGUUGUCCUCAUGCUCUUUGAGAUGCACCGCCUCGCUAUCGAAUUCCUUGAGGACCUGAGCGGCGCGUUGGAAGCUCGUCACAGACGCCUGCAGGAACAACACCAAAUGCUUUCUGCUGCACAAGACAAAGUCUCUGAGGAUAGCGCAGCAAACUUGGAGUUGUCGUUACAGCAGGUUUCAGCUCAGAAGCAAGCUGUGGCUGAACGGAUUGAUAGGGUAAAGAGCCUCGCAAACGCAGUGGUACCCUGGGCAGAGUCGCUGUCAAACUUUUCGUCAGGUGCAGUGCUUGAAUGCACUGUGCAGGAUAGCACUUUAAUGGCCGACACACCAGGUGACGUGAUAGAGACGUCGGAUGAAUCUACCAGUCUACAUCCUGCAAGUUCAUCAUGUUCCCAGACUGAAGCGGCCAUGGGGGAAACCGUUAUGACCAACCUGUCCACGUGCGAGCUUACCGCUUCCUCGACCGACAGUAAUGCAAGCGAGGAUGAUCUGACCGAGAAUAUGGCCCACGUGUGUAAGCUUCUAUCGGCACUGCGUCGGUCAUUGCAAGACCUUCUGAAUCGGACCGUGGCACCUGCCAAGGUGUCGGCCAGGGCAUCGCUUCUUUUGCAGUACGCCCGGUACGUCGAGGAAGAGUACAUUGCGCUGCAAGAAACUGUGGACCUCCUUAUGGGAAGGCUGGCUUACCUCAAACCACAAGAACCUCAGCGCACUGUCAAUGUGGUGUCAGAGUUGCGCGUGCAGUGUGACGGAACUGUUGAGGCUGCUGCCUCUGUUUUUUUUUCACCUGCCGGUGGCCGGGAUAGCACAGAUGAAGAGUCUUUCGCUUCUUUCGAAGAAGAACACAGUGCUUCAAAUGUGCAGGGAAGUUCUGAAGAACCUCAGGCAGAACCCACGAUGGACAAAAGUGAAGCGUUGAAGGCAAGACUCGUGGGGCUCGCAGUAAAGCUGAACGUCUUCUUGACAGCAUUUGCACAGUUUGACAGAAAGGAGGAUGUUGAUGAAACGAGCCACGAGAAUCAAAGCAAGGAAUGCACAGAGCUCUUCGACUACCUCGAGAAGUGGGCAGUGGGCUUCAACGAAUUUCUCGGGCAAGUCGUAGAAACAUCCACUGAAGCGCUGCAGAUUAUACAUGGUAGUGCAGUCCCUGUUGAAGAUUUCAGUCGAGAGAAUACUUUGGUGGUGCAGAAACUCGCAUCGCUUCGGCAUCUGGUGCUGUCUGCUCUUCAGCAAAGGGAUGACCUCGAAGAAGGCACGAGGACUCUCCAACAAAACCUUCUGGACGAACAAGCCACAGUGAGUACGUUAAAGCAAAAUCUGGAAGAACAGCAGCAGAAGUGUACUCACCUGGAACUUGAACUGCUGUCAAUGCAGCAGCAGCAGCUGCAGACAAGCACGACCGCUGCAACUGAGACUGAGAGUUUACUGAGGAAGAUCGAGGAGUAUAAGCAGACCGUCAGUCAGCUUAGCAGCGCACUUGAAGAAGUUGAGGACACACUGCAGACUGCACAUGCCGAGAAACAGCGAAUUGAAGCAAAUGCCGCCACACUUCGAGACCAAUGCACCAGAGCAGAAGAGCAACAUCAGCAAGUUCAGCUCGAGCUCUUGCAAGCUAGGGAAGCUGCUGAAAGAGCUCAGGUCGAGAGGGAUAAACUUGUCAGUGACCUUGCCAGUGCCAGAGCAACCUCUGAAGCCACCCUGAAUCUGACCGAGCGAAUUGACGAGCUUGAUAAGGAGCUGGCCGAAAUGCGGCAGGAGAAAAAAGAAAUGGAAGAUAGACUGGAGAGUGAAAGCUGCCAGCUGGCUUCUUCGAGGUUGAGUUUUGAAGAGCUGUCGACAACUAACAAAGUGCUCCAGGAGUCCAUUGCCGCUUUAGAGGAGGAGCUGCAGGCAGUCAGAGCAGUGCAGGAGAAUCAGGUGGCCGAAAUUCGCAGCAUUUUUCUGGCCAUGGAUGUGGCCUUUACGGAGAUCUCUGUAGUCGGAGACACAGGAGUGGAAUUGGGUGUGCUGAGGGAUGCCUUGAGCCAAAGGCAGCAGGAAUUCGCCAGUCAGCUUCAGCAGCUAGCAGACGAGAAGAACGCGGCGCUGUUGGAAGUGUCCGAGCUCCGCGAAAAGUGUUCCCAGGCACACUUGGAGCGGGAGAGGCUCGAAGAAGAAAAGAGGGCGGUGCUGCAGCAGGCUGAGGAGCAAGAACAAGAACUACUCGAUUCUGACUCCUUGCUGGAAGAGAACCGGAUGUUGCAGGCCGAAGUGGAAAAACUGGUAUUGAAGGUGAAAGAACUCCAGGAGCUCAGGUCACGUGUUGCUCUCCUGGAGGAGGAGAAGAGUGCCCAGGACGAGCACAUCGCGUCACUUACAGUGUUGCAGACUACCGUGAGGCAGAUGCAGUUGCAGCUGACAGACAGAGAGCAGACAAUAGCCACUCUGGAAGAGGAACUGCAGCUUCUCAGGCCCAAGGAACACGAAAUUGAAGAACUUCGGCAGCUCAUUUCCGGGCUGGAAGGUGAGCUCAGAGAUCUGAAGUCACAGUAUGAGGCUGCUCACAAGGACCUUGAAGAGCUGUCACAGUUGCGAGUGAAACUGCAGUCAGUCGAGGCUUCCAAGGCCGAGCUGAAUGGGCAGGUCGAGGCACUGAAGGACCGCAAUGAACGCCAGGCGCAGGAGAUGAGGCAGCUGACGCAGGAACUGGAAUGCCUGCAGGCCUCUGCUGAAAUGUCUAGCGGCGCUCUGCAGAUGCUCAGAGACCAGCUCUCGCUUGAGAAGGAAAAUGUGGCCGUCCUUACGGCAGACAUCGCUAGGGCAGGUGCGCAACGUGCAAUGCUUGAACAGGAGCUUCAGUCGGCUCAGGAAGAGACCAAGAUGUAUGCGGCCUUGCAACUUGUCCUUGAAAAUGACCUUCAGACAAAGGAAAAGGAAAGAGAGUCAGCCGCAGCACUGCUGAGAUCUGCGGAGGAGGAAAACAAGUCACUCAAGUUCCUUCUGGACGAAAGAAAUGCCACAAUUGAAUGCCUUCAGCAACAGUACAAGACUGAGCAUGAACAACACAAGCAGACGAAAUCGAAUAUGGAUGAAAUUUUUGAGGAAAAACAACAGUGUCUUCAACAACUGAAUGCAUCGCACAGUGUAAUAAAGGAUCUGUCAACUUCGAAAGUGGCACUGGAGCAGGAAAUUUCCACAUUGCUGCAGAAGCUGGACACUGUGGCGGAAGGCCUUAAUCAAGCAAAGACUGAAACUGAGCAUCUGAAAAACUUGUUGGAAGAGAAAGAAGUAGUGUGCGCACAGCUUCAACACAACCUUGAUGCAGCAGGCAGCCGGCUCGAAGAGUCAGAGGCUGAGCGGGCACAACAGAGAUUGCAUCUGCACCGCUUGACAGAUACCGUAAAUGAAAUGAAGGAGCUGGCGUCCUUGAAAACGGCCCUCGAAAACGAAGUGUCUGACCUGUCGCGAAAGUUUGACGCCGCCAAGGAGGACUGCUCUCGAGCAGAAGAAAAAGUGCAAUCCCUGAAGCAGGAGCUGGAGAAGAAAUCAUCUGAUAUAGAAAAACUGCAAACCGACCACGACGUGCUUGGGCACGAACUCGAGCAGUCCAAGUCCCUCUUAGCGCAUUCGAUCGUCGAACAAAAGGAGGGUGAAAAUCGGCUGAGGACCGCCCAAGAGGAAAUCCGCAACCUUGUGGCAUCUAAGUUGGCAUUGGAGAAGGAAACACACGUGUUGUCGCAAGAACUUCAAGACUCGAGAGAAAAGCUCACUCACAUGGAGGCUGAAACGCAGGCUUUGCAUCUUUCGCUGGACAAGAAAACAUUGGAAAUGGGGCAUGCCCAGAAAGAUCUCAUCGCGGUCAGACUGCAGCUUCAGGAAUCGCAAUCGCUGGCAGCUCUGUACUCGGAUAAGCAAAAGCACUUGGAAGAAUGCCUCAACAGCGCCCAACAGGAAGUCGUAGCAGUUGCAAGUGCCAAGUCCUCCCUUGAAGAGCAUGUGAAAAAGCUGGUGGCUGAAAUAGAACUGACUCGACAGAAACAUUGGCAUGCAGAAGAGGAGGCAGGCAAACUGAAAGAGUCUCUGGAAGCAAAGAACUCUGAUAUCGAGUGCUUCCGUGGCGAGCUUGAAGACAUCCGUGGCCAGCUUGAGGAAGCAUCACGUGAGAAGUCCGUACUCGAAAGUGAACUUAAGGUUGUAAGUGAGAAGCUUCAGGAAAGCACACGAAAACAUGAAGAACUCCUUGAGGAACUGAACCAGUGGAAAUCAGCGAUUCAAGUUGCCCACGAGAAGGAAGUUGAUCUGGAGGCAUUGACUGCUUCAUUGAAGUCUCAGCUGUCAACAUCAGAGGCAAAAUAUGAAGACCUAGAAUGCAAGAUGGCCACCGCGAAGACCAUCAUAAGGCGUCAGGAGAAAGAGUACAAGGCACUGGACAAAGAGGCCGAGCAGCUGCGUGGCAGCCUGGCACAAGCCGAAUCCGAGCUGCAGCAAUCGGGGGGCAGCAAACGCAUUCAGCAACUGGAAGCAACGGUCGAAGAUGUGCGCAGGGAACUGUCUGCAAAGGAAGACCUCGUUGAGGAGGCUUGGAGAAAGGUCGAUUCCAUCAACACGGAGCUGACUAAAAGCAAGGAAAAGGUCGAAUUCCUGCGAACCCGGAUGCGUACCUACAGGCAACGCAUUUCUGAACUGGAGAAGAAGCCCGGUGCCAAAGUCGAAAACGAAGACGAAGAGCUCGGUGCAAGUGCUGCUCCCGUGAAUUCCGUUCCCGCAGCUACACAGCAGCCACCCGUGGUCACACAGCUGAGUGUGUGCGCAGAGAGCCCGUCCAAAGCGGAAUUCUGCGUGACCGUUUCGGCGCUCAGGAGCCCCGCCUCUGCAACAGGUACACCAGCUGCAAAGAUAUUCAAGAGGACGUUGUCGCAGCCACGUUCUGCUGCCAAGACCUCUGCGGGCGUUCUCCCGUCGGCCAUUUCCAAGACGACUGUGAUGAAGCGAUCCCUCUUCUCUCAGUCGAGCCGCUCUCCUAUUACCAAGUCGCGAAACGGGACUGCCAAUGAGGCGACCUUGCCGACUUCCCGGGAAGGGGCGAUGACGAGGAACCGUCGCACUCGAUCUGCAUCCCGAGCUGCAGGCACAGGGAGCGAGCCAGUAGUUCACGCCAAAGUAGCGACGCCAAAGCAGCGCACUCUGCCUGUGUCCCACCCAGCACAGGUGUCUGCUGAGGACAAAGAGAACAUUGGAGAUGCCUCCCGGGUGGACGCUGCCGAGAAGCGUAAGACGCAGCAGUCUCCCCAAAUCCAUCCAAACACGAGGACUUGGAAGCAGUUGGCUCUAGGACUGUCGCCUUUCGGCAGGGACUCCUCAAACAUCAGACCAAGGACGGAAUCUGCGGCGGCUUCUCGUACGCGUCCACAGAGGGUUCAGCAGCCGAGACAGCACGCCACAAUUGAAAAGGCGGCGUCUGCUCGAAGUACCAUGCCUGCUGCCGCCACAGCAACGGCUUCAGCUCCUUCACCAAAGGCAUCUGGUGCACCCAGUGGUGGGGCACCGAAACCUGCAAGUGGUGUCCUGACCCGUGCUCAGCGAGCCAGCGCUGGCAAAGCUAAGGCGGCACCGAAAGGCAAAACUGACGAGCAGGCUGACUGCAAGAUGCAGUAAUCAAAAUUUAAGCGUUGCCUUUUUUUUUGUGCAUACAAUUUUCAUACUUCUUCUGUAUUCCUUGUAAGUGUGUGUCUUUCAAGUGCAACUUCUAAUUUUGUUUUUGGUGCUCAUUGUCGCAUUUCUUAGUAGUUUUCCGUACCUGAAUGUUGUCUCCUUUUGAAGCCAUCAGCACCGUGUGAAAUACUGAGCAAAACAAAACAAGGGAAGAUGAAGCAGAUAGCGUAAGCGCUUUGCUUUUGUACUUGCUUGGAGUCGAGACUUUGUUGCUCGGUGCUCAUUCUCUAUGAAAAUGGGAUUACUGUAAGUGUGUGAUCAAGACGUACAGGUGGAUUCGUUUGAUGUAAUGAUACAUUGUUCACUCAUGGCUACAGCGUCUGCUCAAGCACCGCUAUUUUUUUUUUUUUUUUUCGAACGCCAUCGUCCGAAGAACAUCAUGGCUCAAAGUGUGCAGCUUUAAACUUGAAGACGCUGAAGAUGGGCUCACCCAUUUGCCGGUGAAAUUACACUGCCAUCGCUGAGAAGCUGGGUCACGCGCAGCACCACUUGUGGGCAGUAUUACCGUAAUACAGGAACAAGCAUUUUAAUAUGAAUCGGAGUACCUUUGGUGUCAUCUUCCCCGUAAACUUCAUUUUUAUGAGCUACACUGAGAACGACAUCAGUUGCAGCGUCAUUUGAUAGUGCAUAUAUUCCACAGCCAUGCACCCUCCUUAAGAUAGAGGAGCAUUUUUACGUAGUUUGAUCUUUUAAAGCGUUUGUAAUCUUUUUUGCUACGUUAACGAUCACAUCUGUUGUGUCUUGGUGUUGUUCAUGGAUCUAGUUUUUCAGCUGUGAUUUUACUUUUUUGAAACUUCAGGCCUGUGUUCUUCUCUCCACGUUUCUUUGUUUAUGCACCAAGAUAAGGGUGCAUUGUAAUCUCGCUCAGUUAAUCUGCAGCUGCUGACUCAUUGUCAAUAUCCAUUUUCUUAUUUAUUCAUUGAUCAUUUCAUUAUUCUGUUUAUUUGGGCCUCUUCAUUUUGCAAAUAAAAGAGCUUCUUUUAUAUAA